AUGAGCGCACCGUCAGGAGGACCCGUGUCGCCUCUGACUCGUCCCACCGCGUCACCCUUGCUCGCAACAAGCAGCAGAUCGCAUUCACGAGGAGCGAGUACUCGCUCGGCAGGCUAUGCGCGCUCGCCGCUUGUCUACCCUCAGCCUGACGAACGAUUGGUGGACGAUGUCGAGCUCUUCAGCCUCGACGAGGCCGGCGACCGCAAAUUGUCGACUUUGUCUUUGCACGACGAAGAGGAUAGCAGCAGUGGGCGAGAGAUGGACGAGGAGGAAGAUGAUGAAGAAGGCCAAGGCACGUUCGAACACGAGAGCGUGCACACUUAUGGCGUUCCGAGAAGCAGCCAAGUCCUCACGACCAAACUUUACAAGACGCCCGGAUUUGCUACACAGCUGCUCGGCUUGCUCAGAGACGAUCUCGGCAUCGGAGGCUGGGAUGGCUUGCCCAAAGACUUGGGCGCAGAGGAUCUGUCCAUCCACAAAGUCUCCGGCUCACUCACCAAUGCCGUCUUCUUCAUCUCCUACCCACUCGCGCCUCAGCCACCGCCUACCAUCCUCUUGCGUAUCUAUGGACCCUCCUCGGGCGCGCUCAUCUCUCGACAGACCGAGCUACACAUCCUCCACACGCUCUCGGCCGUCUACGGAAUCGGACCACGCAUCUUCGGCACGUUCGAGAAUGGCAGAGUAGAAGAGUAUUUCGAGUCCAGGCCACUGGAUCGUCUCGAGAUGAGGGACCACAAAAUGUCGAGAUGGAUCGGAAGGAGAAUGAAGGAACUCCACACUGUCGAUGUCAAUAAGAUGCGCCUGCCCGAGCCUGCCUCAAACGGUCCUUCGAGAUCUAACAGCGUAGACACGUCAUCUCAGACAGAGCCUAUCAGACCGCCUAUCUACGACCGCGCAAGCAAUGCUUCCGGCAUAUCUCUGAAUUCCCAGUCAUCCGAAUUCAGCUUCGGCUCGUCCUACUCAGCUUCUUCUUUCGGCUCGCGAUCUGUGCCCCCUUCGCCAGCGCUUGCGGCACAGACUGGUACGAGCGAGUCCAAUGCUGUCAACAAGAAGCGAUCCAAGGUCGGAUCGCGCAGAGGCAGCUCGUCCAGCAGCGGCAGACGAGCGAAGCUCAAUCUCGCCGUGUGGGAAAACAUCACGCGAUGGACCCGCGAAGCCAAACGGGUUUUCAAAGACUUUGAUCAGCUCGACACGAUGGUCGCCAAGGACGACAAGACGGUCCAUCCGCUGCCUGAUGGUUCUCAUCUCAACCCUCUGCAGUCGCCAGCUCACAUGCUCGCCUUUAGACGAAGCUUCAAUUUGCCCCUGUUCGAACAGCAAGUCAAAGCUUACAGAGCCUGGCUGCGAGAUUGGGAGAUGAAGAACGGCAAAAGCAAACGCGUCUUUGCUCACAAUGACACACAAUGCGGCAAUCUGCUCAUUCUCGCGCCCAAGGAUGGCGCUCUUGAUCCCGAGAAGCUUGUCGCUGCAGGGGGUCUCCGCGUUUCCCAUCAGGCUCUGACCGUCAUUGACUUUGAAUAUGCGAGCCUCAAUCCACGGGGAUUCGAUAUCGCCAAUCACUUUGUCGAAUUCCAAACCGAUUAUCAGCACAACACGCUGUCGCAUACGCUCACCCAUGCACCUUACCCUUCACCAGAAGAGCGUCGCCGGUUCUACCGUGCUUACAUCGGAAGCGAUGGUGGUACGGAUGUGGUCACCGACGAUCUCGAUGAUCCUGCUACUGCUGCCCGAUCGCUCAAGCGAGAAGAUGCUCGUGUGCUCCGACUGGAAGAAGAAGUGACCGUAUGGGCACCUUCCUCUCAUGCCAUGUGGUGUGUCUGGGGCAUCAUACAAGCAAGAGACGAAAUCGUUGCAAAGAUUGACGAAUGGACGACGACUGGCUACAAAGCUCAUGCUCGACCAGAGGAAACGGAUCGACCCCAUCUCGAACGAUCAAAGAGUGGCGAUAUCGUCGACUCUGUCUCUGGCGCUGCUGUCGAGGAUCCUUCACCAGCACAGCAAGCUGCCGCUGCUGAUUUCGACUACCUCUCAUACUCGAUCGGACGACUCGAUAUCUUCCGUAGUCUCACACGUUCCCUCGAGACAGAAGCCUAG